AAGCAAAAAAAGAAAAGAAAAAUAUAAGAAAAAGACGAGUCUGCCCUUGACAGACGUAUUUAAUUCAUAGGUUAGGCUUUUAGGUUUCGUUUUCACGGGAGAGUGCGCCGCUGCUAGUUACCGGAACCACCAGUAUAGUUUGAGAUUAAUAUAACUACUAGGAGGAGCUAAAGAAUGGGUCGUGUACGAACCAAAACCGUUAAGAAAUCCUCUAGAGUAGUGAUCGAGAGGUACUACGGGAAAAUGACUCUCGACUUCCAUACCAACAAGAAGAUUCUGGAAGAAGUGGCUAUCAUUCCAUCGAAACGUCUUAGAAACAAGAUUGCCGGCUUCUCUACUCAUCUCAUGAAGCGAAUCCAGAAAGGACCCGUGAGGGGUAUAUCAUUGAAGCUACAGGAGGAAGAGAGGGAGAGACGCAUGGACUUUGUGCCUGAUGAGUCUGCUAUCAAAACUGAUCUGAUUGAAGUUGAUAAAGAGACCAUUGAAAUGCUUAAUGCUCUGGGAAUGGGUGAUCUUCCUGGUGUUGUCAAGGCUUCUGUUGAGCCACAGGCUUUGCCGUCAGUUCCCGCUUUUGGUCGGGGCGGUGGUGCAACAAGAAGAUAUUAAAAAUGCGUUGUUUCUUUUGAUUAAAGAUUCAUGUUUUUUGAGAUGGUGAUUGUGACUUGGUAAAACAGUUUAAUUGGAUCAACAAUGAGCAGGUCCUCAUUGUGAUAUUUUGUUGCUUAAAUUCCAACAUGGAAAAAGUAUUACAAAUUUGAUUUUUUGGUUAACUUUCUUAUCGACUUU